UAGUAUUGCCCUAAAUACAGUUUAAUGUUUUAAUUUUCUAAAUAUACCGUGAAGAGAACUAAUGUUUUCUAUACCAUUCUUAUAGAAUGUAAUUUUUGUCUAUAAAAAAUAUGCCCGUGGAAUUAAAUAGCUUAACAGAAGGGUGGUUAGAAUUAGAGAGUGACCCUGGACUUUUCACGUUGUUGCUAGAAGACUUCGGAGUCAAAGGUGUACAAGUUGAAGAAAUUUAUGAUCUGCACAAACCAUUGGAAAGUCCAGUUUACGGAUUCAUAUUUCUAUUCAGAUGGAUAGAAGAACGAAGGUCUCGACGAAAGUUUGUAGAUCAGAUAGAAAGUUUCGUGCGCGACGAAGAAACUAUAAACAACAUAUUCUUUGCUCAACAAAUGGUCCCAAAUAGUUGUGCCACUCAUGCCUUACUUUCGAUUUUAUUGAACUGCCCUAAUCUCCAUCUUGGAGAAACAUUAAGUAGAUUAAAGCAUCAUACCUUAGGUAUGAAUCCAGAGAACAAAGGAUGGGCAAUUGGAAAUACACCAGAAUUGGCUUGUGCUCAUAACUCUCAUGCUAUUCCACAAGCAAGAAAAAAGACAGAUAAGAAUGCUGGUGUAUCUACAGGACGCUUCACAGGAGAAGCAUAUCAUUUUGUUAGUUUUGUACCUAUAAAUGGUCAUUUGUUUGAGCUAGAUGGCCUUAAGCCUUAUCCAACUGACCAUGGGCCAUGGGCUGCAGAUGAAGAUUGGACUGAUAAAUUUCGUAGAGUUAUGGCAGAGAGACUGGGCCGAGAUGCUGGUGAACAAGUUCAUGAUAUCAGAUUUAACUUGAUGGCUGUGGUACCUGAUAGAAGAAUUGCCUUAACACAAAAACUAAGUGCUUUAGAAUUAAAUCAAAAGAGAGUAAAGGAAGCCAUAUCAAAAAUAGGGAAACAUCUACGACAUUUAUUAGCAAAAAAUAGAGAAUAUAAUGAACAAGGGGAAUUGGUACAAAGCACCAAUGAAAGGCCUGUUAUGAAUGAUAACCUUGGACAGAUCAGUGAAGAAAACAUUCUCUGUUCUCUAGAAUCAGCUCAAGUGCAGGUAUAUGAUAUGGAUUAUACUCUCCCUAUUACAAUUGAAAUUGGUGCCACUGAUAGACCACAGCAAGAUAAUAGCAUUAUUUUAGCUACUCCUGUUGAACAAAGUGUUGUUGUGCGAUUUUUUACAAUAAACAGAGAAAACCAGAUUGUUGGUGAUAUAUACCCAACGUCCACAUCAGCUUUAGUGAAAAGCAAUGAUCUGCCAAUACUCAUGGGGUGUGAGAGUACUCCCGACCAGCCUUAUAAACUGAAGAAAUUGUUACUCACACAUACUGAACUAAAUGCCCUGAUGAGCAGUAUCGUCAGCGAAGUACAGUCGUGUCAGCAGGCUCUGAACGACGAAAACGAUAAGAGGGAUAUGUAUAAAGUUGACGACUGCCGGCGGACCCACAACUACGACGAGUUCAUAUGCACGUUUCUGUCGAUGCUUGCCGAGCGGGGAGCCCUGGCCGAGCUGGUCACUGCGCAGCUGGAACGAGGCCGCGCAGCUCGCGUGCGGCGACGCCGGCCGCGGCCCAGGCCCCGCGCUCGGCCCAGGCCCAGGCCACGAGCGAGGAAGUGAUCUAACAACUGUGUAUUUAGUGUAGUAGUUUAUACUACAAUUUCUUUACAAUCGUUCAUAUAUAAAGUCUCCGUAUUCCUAAUACUUUUUUUAUAUUUUCUACUUACCUAUAUACAUAAUAAAAAUAUAACUACAACAUGUAUUCACAGUACAUAUUAUUAUUAUUAUUAUUAUAUAAAAAAAAACAUCACCUUUGAUUUUCAGCAAUCAGUUUCUCUCUGAUACUCGUAGUGGUAAUACCAAGCCAAUAGCUAAGUAGAAUACUCAAUAAACUGUUUACUUUCUUAAACAUUUAUUGGAUUUAUGCCAUCAUUAAAACAAAAUGAUAACUGAUUGUAGUUAAUUUCAUUUUAUCAAAUAGACGAAAUAUUUCUCCACUGACUCAUAUACCAAUUGUACAUUCACUUAUAUAUUAUAUACUAUUUUGAGCUUUUUAGGGUUCCUAACAAUAAUAGUAAUAAAGUAACUAAUAGUGGUUAGUGUUGCCUAGAUUCUACUAUUGAAUCUAUUUAUGAGAAAGGGUUAUCCUAGCUGUAUUGCAUUCAACUUUAGAAAGUUCAGUAUCCUCAAGCCAUUAUAUGUUAAGACAUUACAGCGAGUAUACUUGAAUGAAAUACUCGGAAUAAUAGUAUUAGUUUUUUUUAUUGCUACUAGGUAUAAGACGGAGAAA